AGAUGGGCGUUAUUUAACAUAACAGGAUAAAUAACAGUGUUGCCGCGCGGCAACAGUUAUCCCCGCAACGUGUUAUCAGAAACUCCCUGUUAUAACAGGAUGACAACGAACAAUGAAUUCAUUCGUUUCGUUGCCGGCAACGGUAAGCCUGUGCUGGUAACAGUCAAUAGCGGCAGACUGGAAACUCUUCACCUGUUAUUUGAGCAACGGUGUUAUGACAAACAACAGAGUUGUAGGAUGACAAUUAUUUCAUUGCCGGGAAUCUAUCUACGGCUUGACAAUGACAACAGCAGCUUGAUCUGUUAUUACAACACCACCCGUAACGAUAAUAUAGUAAAGUAAAAUAAUCAAAAUACUGGAGACGCGACAUUGCGGCUUGGGGGAGGGGAUGGUGCCUGUUCGGACAUGAAAACCUGACCUGAUUAUUCACUUUGUUUAUUCUAUUAUGAUCCCAUUCCCACACCCGCAGUACAAUUGUUUUAAUUUGUUCAAGAGCAACAUACAGUGUAAUCUCUGCCUUAUUAAACUAUAUGUGGUUUAAAUUUUUAUUUAAAAUAACUAUAUUUCUUAAUGUUUUCUUUAAAAUAAUUCUUGACAAAUAAUUGUAGAGUGAUUAAGUUAUGUGAAAUAACACGUUUAAUUUGUGUUUACUGUUUUUAUUAUUUAUAAAUAUCUACAUUGUAAUUAAUUUAUAUUAAAAAUGAGUGGUAACAAGAAGCAAAAAACCAGUUACUUGUGGACAUACUAUACUGUGGUUGACGCUGACAUAAAAACUGCUAAGUGCGAUUUAUGUGGGCAAGUAUUAAAUUAUAAGUCAACUAUAACUAAUCUUAGACACCACAUUGAAAAGCGCCAUCCUACUGUAAAUUUACCAAAAAAAGAUAAAACUUCAACUAACUUGCCAAGCCCUACGACAGCUUUAAUUUCUACUAAAAACUCUACAAUAGGCUCUACAUCAAUUUUACGUAAUGAACCCGAACAACCAAGUUCAGAAGCGCUAACCAAUUCAAAUCCACUAAGUGCAUAUUUUUCAUCUUCUAGUGACGGUAACCAGUCAAGUAUUAGAUCAUUUUUACCCCAAUCUAAAAAGCUGAGUGAGACUCAACGUAAAAAACUCGAUAAACUUCUCUUACAGUUGUUUAUUACUGACUUUCAGCCAUUUUCAAUUGUCGAAGACAGAGGUUUUGUUAACUUUGUGUCGGCUUUGAAUCCCGCAUAUAAAUUGCCAAGUAGAAAAACAAUUUCCAAUAGUAUGAUUCCAGCUGAACAUGAGAGAUGCUUGAAUUUUGUUCGGAAUGAGUUAAACUCAGUACAAAGUGUAUGUCUAACCACUGAUACCUGGACUUCUACAAAUGUUGAAAGUUAUUUGGGUGUAACUGUCCAUUACAUUUCAGAAAAUUAUGAAAUAAAGUCGAUAUUGUUGGAAUGUUCUAAAAUGUCUGAUUCUCACACAAGUGCUAAUCUAGCAAAAGAGAUCAAAACUAUUGUUGACAAAUUUCAUUUAUUUGAUAAGAUUUUAGUCGUAGUAUCAGACAAUGCCAGUAACAUCAAAGGGGCGGUACAAAAGGACUUGAAAUUGAAGCACUUUGGUUGUUUUGCCCAUACCUUAAACUUGAUUCUUCAGGAUGCGUUAAAGCUGGUAAAAAUGUUAAUUGACAAAAUAAAAUUGAUAGUGACUUUUUUUAAAAGGAGCACAAAUGCAACUGAAAAACUGUUGAUAUCCCAGAAAAAUAUGGGCCUUGAGCCAAAAAAACUUAUUCAAGAGGUUUCAACGAGAUGGAACUCUACAUUUUAUAUGGUUUCCAGAUUUGUAGAGCUGCAGGACGCGGUAAAAACUACUAUCGCUUUAAUAAAUAAAAAUUUACCUGUUUUGUCAGAGGAAGAGUGGGGAUUAUGCAAAGAGCUAAGCACAAUCUUACGUCCUUUUGAGGAGGUCACUUCACAGAUUAGUGGGGAACGCUACGUGACAGGUAGCCAAGUGAUACCCCUAACAAGAGGCCUGAUGUCCGUGUGUAAAAAAAUGCAAAAGGAGCCAUUCAAACCAGUUAUUCAAAAUAUUAUUAAUGAACUGCUGCAUGGUCUCGAGAAACGCAUGGAAAAUGUUGAACACAGCAAAACAAUAGCACUUGCUACUCUUUUAGAUCCCAGAUUCAAACUUGCUGUCUUCAAAGACGAAACUGCAAAGCAAUUGAUCAAAAAAACAUGUACAGAACUUUUAGCUGCAAUCUGGACAGAGACACAUGGCAAACCUUGCACAGCAGAUGAUGAAGAAAUUGGUAACACUCAAAACAAAGAUGGCAACGUAGAUUCCGCAAAAUUUUCCGUCUGGGAGGACGUUGACAACAUAAUUGCCAAGGAGAAACCUACAGGUACGAAGACCUCCGCUGCAAUUGUCGAGUUGAACCGGUACUUAGAUGACAGCUAUCUAGGACGGAAAAAAGAUCCUAUGGGCUGGUGGAAAGAGAAUCAACAUGUAUACCCUAUUAUGAGCAAAUUGGUGAAAUUAAAAUUUAACGUCAUGGCUACAUCCGUCCCAUGUGAACGACUUUUUUUCUAAAGCAGGAAAUUUUUUGACAGAACGCCGAUCAAGACUGAGUUCAAAACGAGCAGAGCAGUUGCUGUUUUUGAAUGGAAAUCUAAAUCUUCUACAGUAAAUAGAAAUCAAAAAAUUUAAGUUAUAUAUAAGUUCUGCAAGUUAAAUAUAUGAAAUUAUGUAAUUCAUUUUCUUGCAAUUAAUCUUAUAUGAAGCCAUAGUGUACAGUUUGGUUAUAUUGCCCAUUUUAUUUUCUAAAUAUGCUUAAUUGUGUCUUUGAAUCUCCAUACAUUCGUGUAUCUUCAUUUAAUCUAAAGUACAAUAUUUGACAGUGUAAUUGUAAUGUACAUUUGAACAAUAUGUUUAUGUAUGUAUAUAUUUGUAAUUUAUAAAGUGUUCCUAUAUGAUUUAAU